AUGGGUGUCGACGUGAUGGAUGCCAAUGUCGAUGCGAUCGACAUCGAUGAUGAUGAUGUCGACGAUGCUGGUAUAUUCGGCAUCGCCAAUGACUGCCACAGUGAGGAGGAUGACGCCCCUACUGGUGCAGACAACGUUCUUUCAGCAUUGCGCAUGAAGCGCACUGCUGUUGACACGGGUGAAUCAGCAGAAAAAGUUCUGCUGACUCGCGAAGCAGAAAAGAACGCAGACAAACGUGGAAGAGCAAACGCUCUUUCAUUUGAUCAAGGAGAUUUAGUUUCACUGUCGACAGUAAAUCUACCAAAAAUUGCAGUGACAAAACUGGGCAGCAGCAGAUUACUGCCCAAGUGUAUUGGUCCAUUUCGUGUGUUGCGCCGCAUUGGUAACGCAUACACGAUUAAACUGCCUCGUAGGAUGCGUACGCAUCCUACGCUUUACGCUGGACGUCUCCGCCCGUACUAUCAGUUCGAGCCCGUUUCGAGAUGCGAAGAACACCUCUGCGGUAAAGGGCCGAGACCACUUUCGAGUGGUCCCGUUUCAACGAGCCAGUCUGGCCGAAUAGCGAAGCGACCUGUUCACGCAGCUCAGCGAUGUCUCGACGAGCAGCAGCCAGCUCAUCACGAAGAGAACGAGUCGAACAUUCGUUCUCAAGUUGCGCGUACGCAAACGCGGCACGAUCGUCCAAACGAUCGUGCGUUCGGGAAUUGUAAUUAUCCCUUACAAGAUCCUGAAGCCCAUGACGCUGAGUCCGUUCAUGAGCCAGGUCAUCUUGCAACUGUUUCGUUACACGGUUCAGCUCUUGAACAUCAAGCUGAUCCGACCCUCGAGCCGGAUCAGGUGUUCCCACCGUCGCCACAUCCUUCGGUGGAUUUUGGCGGUGGUCAAUGCUUUCUGGUGGAGCGUAUUUUUAACCACCGCGACGUGAUUGGCGUCCGGACGAGCUGA